CGUUCCCGGCCUGGAUGUGCCCGUGCUGUCAGCAGUGGGUUUCACUGAACGGAGAAGAAUGAAAGCUCGCGCUCCUCCUCCACCAAAUCAAGCUUCUGCAGCAAGUAGAAUUCACAGUGAGCCCAGGUCAGCUGCAGAGACAGCUGUAAUUUCUGAUCAGAACCUUGUGAGCAUGAAGGAGAACAUGAUAAACAGAUCGGUGGACUUCACAGUCAUUUUACCCAAUGGGGUGGAGCAGAAGAGCACAGUACAAGGAAGUAAAGCUGUGAUGGAUCUAUUGGUUGAUUUAUGCAGCCAGUAUCGCUUAAAUCCAUCCCAACACAGUCUUGAACUGAAGUCUUCGGGAACUCAACAACCUCUGAGUUACAAGCCAAACACUUUGGUAGGAGCACUGGAUGUACAGACGGUACUUCUGAAAGAGAAGGUUCCUGAAGAGAAGACAAAGCGACCUCUGCCAAGGGUCCCUGAGAAAUCUGUGAGGCUGGUAGUGAACUACCUGAAGACGCAGAAAGCUGUGGUUCGAGUUAGUCCGGAGGUGCCUCUCCACAACAUCAUCCCAGCUAUUUGUGAGAAGUGUGAAGUCAGUCAAGAGCACAUUGUUCUUCUGCGAGAUGGCAUCACUGGGGAGGAGCUGGAGCUUACCAAGUCCUUGGAGGAGCUGGGAAUAAAGGAGCUGUAUGCCUGGGACAGGAAAAGAGUUCCUCCAUCAAAAACUCAGUCUGAACCUUCUCUGAACUAUAGAGAACCAAGUCGAAAGGCUUCAGUAAGCAAUGAUGCAAUAGAAAAAGAAAAGACAAGACUUCUGGGAUUGUUUAAAGCUGAUAGAAGAAGCAGCAAGACAGAAGAACACUUGAGGAUGAACAGAGAUUGUGGUGAGGAGGAUGUUUUUAGUUCUGCAUCUACAAGUGAAGGAAGCUUGGAUGGUUUUUCCACAGCACCAAAUUCCCCUUCGGUGAAUCCUCGUUCCAGUAGCCUGGGUCCGUCACUGUCCCUUGGUAACAUCUCAGGAAUGGCAGCAAACCCAGAAGUGAAAAAGCGCAGAGCACCUCCUCCACCAGUUGUGACACCUGCGUUGCAGAACGUGGAGAUGAGUGGACAAGAAAAGACGUCAGCACAGAUUUCACAAGGAGCAUCCCUAAACGAUUUACAGAAAAAGAAGAGGCGUGCCCCUCUUCCACCAACUGCAUCUGCUCCACCCACUCCUGCCAUGCCAAACAGGACAGAAGAGAGGGAAGACAAGAGGAAGAGCACAAUGGGUGAUGGACGGCAGGUGCCACAAAAGCCUCCUAGAGGCACCACUCGUGGUCCACCCCAGUUAGUGAUACCCCCACCCCCACCUUACCCUCCUCCUGACAGAGACAUUGUGGAUCCAACAGUCUGUUACAGAGAAGCAGAUGUUACGGCACCAACAGAGCUGGUACCUAAACAGAGCCUGCUGCCUGCACAUGAAAAUGUUUAUGUAGUGGAUGACAUGGUUCUGGAGCUAUCAGAGGUGGAAGAAACAGCAUCAGAAAGCAGCUGUUUUGCAUCUGAGGACACCAUGGAAGACUCGGGUGUUGUGAGCUCCCCAUCUGACGUUGUAUCUUUGGAUUCACAAAAUGACGGUAUGAAGUUGAGAGACAUCAAGCUGGUCAAUGGCUAUGUGGACUCAGCUGAGGCAGAUGCAAUGUAUGGCGCAGAGACAUGCCCUGUAAAGAACACCUAUUGCGAUAGCGUGGGAUCUGACAGUGCUCCACAGAGCAGAAGAGAUGAAGAAGUGGCUUCGGCUUUCAUUCAUGAGAAUGAGGAUAUAUUCAUUGCUGCACAACUCCAGCAGACUUUGGCUGGACUGGAUGAAGAUUUAGAAGCAGUGGAUGGUAUAAGUAACUCUGACUCCGAGUACAUCAAUGAAGUGUUGAGCCCACAUAUAAGAAAAGUUGAGGCUGCCCAAGAUGUUACCAUUUCUGUUCCAGUAACAGUCAUAGAUGAUGCUCUAGAAGUUAGCACCUCUAACUCAGCUGGAAAUCAAGAGACAGAGGCAAGGGUUUCACAAAAUACCUCAACUGACUCUGUUAAUACAGGAAACUUUACAAAUAAAAACAACAAUGCAGGUUCCUUUGAUAAGGGACACAUGGAUGGUGGAGCUGUAUGCAUAUCCAAGGACCUAAUACAUCAGCAACCAUCUGAAAAUGAGUUCAGUCACUUGCCUGUGGAACAGAGGAGAGAUAUGUUUGAAUCUCUCACAUCUUCCUUUGAAAAAAGAAGUGAAAAGAACUUAAGACUGGAACCGCCUCCCAAACAUGGUGUGAAGUCUGAGGAAUGUAAAUCUAAGCUGACUCCAUCUCACUCCAAGGCCACAGCUGAAAUCAGUACAGCAAAAGAAAAGAUAAAUCCAUUUAAUGAAUGUAGUAACAGGGAAAGAUCUCUGAAAAAAAGUAAGUCAGAAUUAGAAAUCAAAUGGCCACCAGCAAAAAAAAUUGAAGUAGAAGAAGUCCCAUCAACACCCACAUGGUGUCAUCGUGCCCAGAAUUCAGGAACAAACUACGAACCUAAAAUGGGUUUGACAACCUUUAAAGUUGUCCCUCCGAAACCUGAAGUAAAACAUUUCAAUAGAGGAGUUUCACUCUCCACUGGUGCCAUUAAGAUAGAUGAACUAGGCAACCUUAUAGGCCCAAACACUGGUGUCAGUAAGCACAUACCAGGUACCUCUACUGAUGAAAGCGAGGAAAUUUGUCUUGGGAAAGUGAAGGCAUUCUGGAGGUCAAGUUCUAUGGAAAAGCAAAGUGAUGACUCUGCUGAGCAUCUUCCUAAAAAGUCAGCAGUCACCACAAAUUCUAAGCCCUUUACUAUAAAACAUGAACACAGACCUGUCUGUCUUGCAGCUCCAAAACCUGUAGCACCACAAACUGUUACUACCCAGGUAGCUGAAAGACAGUCUGAGAAUGAAAGGACCAAACCACCUCUUCCAGUUACACAGUCUCAGGUAACACCAUUAGUGGCCCCAACCAUUAAUAAGGACAAGCUGGAGCUUCCAUUUCUAAAGCCACAUAGGAGAACUUCAAGUCAGUAUGUUGCCUCUGCCAUUGCAAGACACAUCAACGUAACUACCUUUAAGUCUGACGCUAUGGAAUAUCAUGAGAAAGAUGAAAAUAAGCAAGGGGCAGGAGAGGUUAAAACUGAAGCAGAAGUUUCACCAAAAAGAUGUAUUAUUGUGGCCAAAUACGGCCCUGUGGAAACAGAAUCAGCAGAAACAAGAGAAACACUUUCAAGUAUUUUUACUUGCAGUCAAAAAGCAUCCCACAGGUUUACACCUGGUGAUAAUUCUGGCAUGGAAAACAAAGUAGUUAACAACAGGGCACCAAAUCAAGCAACUCCUGCAAGUUUCUAUAAAAAGAAUGCCAGUGUCCCACUUCCUAAAUCCCCUUCAAAGGAUAACAACAGUGCAGAAGAUGAUCAUGGUUUAAACAGCAAACAAAGUAUAGCAGAGAAAAAGACGCGUCUUUUGUUUGACCAGAAAUGUGAGACUUUGACCCAUACUAAUUCAGCCUCAUCUCUCAAGUCUCCUGAUCUCCAAGGAGUCCCAUCCUCUUUCAGCCCAUCUUUGCGAGUCACUAAAUGGCCUCCUGCUAACAGCGUACAGUUUAGUUCACUUAAAGCUUCAGCCGUGCUAAAUGGUGCAGCAGCAAACGCAGAGUCAGAACAGGAGGAGAAACCUGAUGAUUCAGAUAUUAAUGCUAUCAGUGAACUGGAUGUUAAUGUGCAGACCAAUAUCUUUGGACCAAAGAAGAAGUUCAAACCUGUUGUCCAAAAACCAGUUCCAAAAGACACAUCACUGCACAGUGCCCUAAUGGAAGCCAUUCAAACAGGAGGGGGAAAGGAGAAACUCAGAAAGGUUUCAGACAGUGCACUAAAUGGCAAUCACAGGAAACCCUCAUGUGCUGAGCCAGAGAAUGAGCGCUCAGCCCUACUAGCAGCGAUUAGAGGCCACAGUGGCACCUCAAAGCUGAAAAAGAUCUCCUCGUUGGCCUCCAAAGAGCUGCAGAGUUUUAGGAAUGCAGAACUGUCCUUGCAGAAGGCAGAAGACCCUCAGGAAGAGCAGCUUUGUAUCCCACCUGCCCCUGCCCAGCCGCCACCACCACCUCCCACUCAGCUGUCAGCAGCAGCAGCAGCUCCUAAAUUCCCUGCCACGGCUACAGGUAACCCUGGGGAGGCAAGGCAAGCCCUAAUGGAGGCCAUUCGCUCUGGUGCUGGAGCAGCAAAGUUAAAAAAGGUCCCUCUGCUCGUUUGAAUCCUGUAUAAAGAACAGGU